CUCUCCCUCUGUCUUUCACCUCUUGCCUCCCACUACCAUCUCCCUCUCUGCAACAGUCUGCUUUGCUUUUUGUGAACGCUGCAUCAUGAUGCAUGUGGGCAGCAUCUGGGGUCUCUCCUUAUUCCUGUGUCUGGUUUUAGGAUGGACGAAGGCUCAGCAGAGCAACUUCACCAGGCCUGUAUUCCACUGUGGAGGAGACCUGGUCGCAGACUCAGGCUUUAUUGGCAGUGAGGGGUUCCCAAGCUUCUACAAACCUAACAGCAAAUGCAGCUGGCGUAUCACUGUCCCAGAGGGGAACGUGGUCAUGCUCUCUUUCCGUAUCUUUGACCUGGAGGCUGACUCACAGUGCCGCUACGACUAUCUAGAUGUGUACAACGGCCAUUCCAACUUGGUGCAAAAACUAGGUCGCUUUUGUGGAACUUUCCGGCCUGGCGCUCUCAUUUCAACCACAAACACUAUGAUGUUGGAGAUGGGGACUGACGGGGAGACACAGGGCAGGGGCUUUGUGGCAUACUUCAGUGGAGCCAAACCAUACGUAGAUGAUCAACAGUUCUGUGGGGGGAAGACAACAAAGUCCCAGGGAGAGAUCAAGACCCCAAACUGGCCUGAUAAGAAGUAUCCACCUGGGACCAGCUGCUCCUGGCUCAUCACUGUGGAGCCUGAUAUGGUGAUCCAGGUAAAGUUUGAUAAGUUCGUGUUGGAGGCUGACACCUAUUGCCGCUUUGACUACGUGGCUUUCUUUAACGGUGGAGAGGCAGAUGAUGCACGCUUGAUUGGGAAAUACUGCGGCGAUGAAACCCCUCAGCCCAUUAUCACCAGUGGUAACGUGCUGCUGGUCCAGUUUGUGUCCGACCUCAGCGUGACAUCAGACGGGUUCCUGGCUUUCUACAACAGCGUCCCACAAGGUUCUGAGAUACCUACAACCAACGCAGGAGCCGGUACAAGGUCGAUCCCUCUGGUUCCAGCAGUCAAGCCUGCUGCACCUAGGCGCACCACUACUGUGGCACCACCACCACCCGCCCCCACAGAGAGACCCAGACCAGUGAAGCCCACCAGAGGUCGAGGACAGGGAACCACAGGCCAGGACAGAAGGGUGCCAGUCACAAGGCCCAAUGGAAAGAGGCCAGUCCACCAGAAUCCUCUGUGUGCUAGAGCCUGUAGGAGAGAUGGAACCAUCAAGACCAGUUUCUGCGCCAGUGAAUUUGUGAUUACCGGAAAGGUGUCCUCCAUGAGCCCUGGACCUCGAGGAACUCUAAGUCUCAACAUCUCCCUGAUUAAAGCCUACAAGGCCGGCCGCCUCACCAUCACUCAGGUCGGACAGACCAUGUCAGUGAAGCUGGUGUCACAGUGCAAGAAGUGCCCGCUGCUCCGCAGAGGUGGAAACUAUAUCAUCAUGGGUCAAGUGGAUGCGGACGGACGUGGUACUCUGGCUCCUGGUGCAUUCACAGCUCCAUACAAAGCUCCACAUGACAAACUAUUAGUGAACAUCAACAACCAGCCCUGCUAACCUCACAUCUGUCCACAUCAGGAGAGUCAGAGGAAGUAUCAAACACACAAACAUUACAAUGUGAAAUACAGAACUAUUGAAGCACAAUACUAUCCACCAUUUUAAAGGAUCACACACUAAACCUUGUGUUUGUAAUUUAUAUAUAAAUAAAGGUUUUUAUAUCUCUA